GCGCCGAGAUUAACAACAAGAGAUAAACAGAGGAAGCAAUUUUCGUAACUAUUUCAAUUCUCAUUUACAUUAUCUUCUCGCGGACUGACAAGAACCCACUUCCUCGCCAUAAUGAGCCUAAUUAGGAGAUCUUACUCUCACUUACUUCAUAAGUAUCCUAUGGCUGUCCAGUCAAUACAAGCAGGCGUACUAAUGGGAGCUGGAGAUGUCAUUUCACAGUUUGUCAUUGAGAAAAAAUCUACGAGUCAGUACGAAUGGCAGCGUACAGCACGCUUCAUAGGCCUUGGCACUUUCUUUGUGGGUCCAACACUGAAAGUAUGGUAUGGCAUACUAGAUCGCAGAAUUGGCUCAGGAUCAACAGUGAGAGCCUUGAAGAAAGUGGCCUUUGACCAGGGCAUCUUUGCGCCAUGCUUCCUGGGGUCAUUCCUGACUGUGCUGGGUGUCACACAGGGGAAUAGUCCACAGAAGAUAAAAGAAGAGAUUAAAAAUAACUAUGUGGAUAUCAUAUUGACUAACUGGACUGUUUGGCCAGCUGUGCAGAUCUGCAAUUUUGCCUUCAUCCCUUUGCAACACCAGGUUCUUAUUGUGCAGAUAUUUGCACUAUUUUGGAACACUUAUUUAGCCUGGAAGACAAAUACAGGAGUAAAGGAGCAGAUUAAGUUAACAGAGAAUUGAUUUUUAAUUUGAUAUAAAGCCAUAAACUGGAAAUAUCAAAUUCCCAUUUAGAGCAGCUGUUUUAUUUUUUUAUGUGUAUCAUAAUAUAAUACUAACAACCUCAAUAGUUUAACUCAUUUGGUUAGCUUUUAUUGUUUUGUUAGAUAAUGUAUACACAAUAUACUGUGCAAUAUAUGUAGACAAGAUGAUUUUAAAAAAUGCUCAAGUAUUCAGGGAAAAUUCACCUUUACACAAUAAUGCAUUGAUUCAUGUGUGCUCUCUGUCAAGUGCCAUAUUUCAUUAAAUGUUUAUGAUGUGUUCUUACCUGGCAUCCUCUAUGUUUUAUUCAUCCAUAUGUUGUUUUCUCUGCCACUGAAGAAUUGUAACAACACAGUUAAUUUUUUAUCCAGAACAUCUGUUGGGUUGUUAUGCUUUUGUGUUUUUAUGCUUUUAUGCUUUUGUUGUUAUUGCUUUUGCGUCAUGUGAUGUGGGUCUAGUCCUUGUUUUGCUCAAUGUGGUAAAAGUUAUCUUUGUUAUUAAAGAAUUUUGUGUUAAUUUAGACUGAUAUUCUGUAUCACCUGUUUUGGCUUAGAAAAAUGAAUUGUUAAAUUUUUCCCUUUUGCAUUUAUUUGUGAUUUUUGUUAUUUUUAUACUCUAUGUGGAUGUAUGAUUAACAGAGCUGUGAUGAAUGACUGUUGUAGAAAAGAAAUUUACAUGAAGUAUAUGUAGUAUAUAUAUUUUUCUUGUAAAUUAUAUAACACAUCUG